CCAGCUUGGAAAUCAAAAAAGGACUACAUGAUGUGAUUUUUGCUUUUUGGGGUUUAUGUUGUUUCAAUCCUUAUUUGUGUGCAAAAAGUGCUUCAGAACUAACACGAUACCUAGCAGUGAACUUCAAUAUGCCGACUGACGUUGAAGUAUUGAUGGAAAUGGGGUUUCCACAAAACAGAGCUGAAAAAGCCAUGGCUAAAACUGGUUAUAAAAGUGUUCAACUGGCUAUGGAUUGGUUAUUUGCUCAUAGUGAUGAUCCGGAUAUAGAUGAACCUAUGGCGCCAUCUAAAGGACAUACGCUAGGAGAAACUGCUGGGGGAGAUAAUCCAUCAUCAGAAGAAAAGUCAGAAGAUGCACCAGCUGAAGCUAAAUCUCUUAAAUGUGAUGAGUGUGGUAAGUUGAUGAAAAGUGAAUUAGAUGUACAAGCUCAUGCUGCCAGAACUCAACAUUCAAGUUUCUCCGAAUCAACAGAAGAAAUCAAACCUUUAACAGAAGAAGAGAAAAAAAUCCAAUUAGACAAGUUACAGGAAAGAUUAAAACAGAAACGAUUGGAAAAACAAGAAGAAGAAAAAAAAGAAAAAAUAGCCAGAGAAAAAGCCAGACGUACAACCGGUAAAGAUAUGACACUCAUCAAACAAAAAUUAGAAGAGGAAGAAAUAAAGAAAUUGGCUGAACAGCGAAGAAGAGAAAAAAUGGAAGAAAAAUUGGCAAGACAACGUGUAAAAGAUGAAAUAGAAAAAGAUAAAAGAGAAAGAGCUGCUAGGGCAGCCAAAUCAAGUUCUACGACAAGUUCAACAUCUCCCGUGGUUGCCACGGUAUCUUCAACACCACCAGUAACAUCAGCACCUAAAGAAUAUACUGAUUGUAGAUUACAAAUAAGAUUAACCAAUGGUCAGGCAUUAACACAGACAUUUAAAGCUAAAGAAUCGUUAGCUGCCGUUAGAUUAUAUGUCGAGAUGAAUCGAACAGAUGGCGCUGGUCCUUUUACAUUAAUGACAUCAUUUCCUAGAAAACUUUUUACAUCUGAAGAUAUGGAAAAACCCUUAGAGCUGUUAGGCCUUGUACCAUCAGCAGUUUUAAUAGUUACCAAGUCUCAAUAAUGAUGGCUUUUAUUAAUAUGUUUAUACAAUAUUUAAAAUAUAAUUGUUACAAAUGAGCUUUUAUCUUCCUAUAAUAUUCACACUGAUUAAAAUACAGAUCGUAAGUUCAACCCGGUUAAUGAAGUGCAGUGUGCUAUGAGGAAAAUUUUGCCUGGAUGGCAAUUGAAUUUCAGCUGUCAAUAUGUGCAUAGGACCUUGGUUUUCCAUUUGCUAGUCUUGACAGACUGGUAGUAAAAUUAACCAACUAGUAGAGAACUUGUCUAUCAGUCCGUUUACAUAUUAUAAAGUAAGAAUUUCAAAGAGUUUUAACCUUAAAAUUAAAUAAGAUUUAUAGUGUUCUACUGUUCAUGUGUAAAAAUGUUUCAAAAUAUUUGUAAAAAAUUGAAAUAAUGCUAAAAAUUGAUAUAUUCUCUGGAAAAAAUAUCUUGUUGAUCAGUAGUAAACAAAAUUCAUCAAAAAUUGACCAUCUGGCAAAAUGGCAAAGGGAAAUUCCUGGUUUAAACUAUUUAUAUGUAACUUUUGGUUUCUUUUCUCUGCUGCACUAUAAUUCAAUGCACAUCUUGUCUAAAGCUGGACUAAACAGACCAUUUCAUUGGCUAAUCUCAAAAAUCAAAAUGGAUUGCAGGGUGUUUAAAAAUCCCCCCUGAAUGAUAGAAAACAAAAUGAAAUAAAAGUUAAAGAUGGGAUUUAACGUCCACUCCACA